AUGAGCCCACACCACACCCACCAGCCCCACCCCCCACACCAGCCCCACCCCCCCCACACCAGCCCCACCCCCCCACACCAGCCCCACCCCCCACACCAGCCCCACCCCCCCCACACCAGCCCACCGCUGCUCCCCGCGGCCAACAGUCGGUGCGGUUGGUCUCGGGGUCCGGUCUGUGUUCAGGAUCAGUGCAGAUCUGGGACGGGUCUUGGACCGGGGUCUGUGACGGGGACUUGGACGCAGCGGGGGGCAGAGGUGCUGUGCAGGGAGCUGGGCUGUGGGGCUCCUUCUCUCCUCCAGGGGGCGCUCUCUCCUCUGGGGCAGAUGUUCCACUGUGAGGGCCAUGAGUCUGCUCUGAUGGACUGUCCCGCUCCAACUCAAGCACCUGCUCUCUGGAGCCACUGUCCACCUCACCUGCUCAGAGCUCUGAAUCGUCCAAUCAUCUCCGUGUCUGUGAGUGACGGGGCGUCCGAGCUCCAGCCUCAGGGGGUGCGGGUGCAGCUGGGCUCAAAGUUCAGGGUCAAAUGCUCCGUGGAGCCACAGUACCCGGAGGCUCCUUCCGCUCCUCUCUCCCGCCGCGCCCCCGCUCAGAACCGCACCCUGCCGCCGUCAAUCACUCCGCCCACUUCCUGUUCUCUGACGCUGACCACGCCCAAAAGGAAACUACACCUGUGUUUACCUCCUGCAGGUGUUCAACCAAACUUCUCCUCUCAGAGCCACACACUCCAGCUCUCUGUGGGAGACACAGAACAUGGGACAACUCUGAGACGGUCAAGUUCUUCAUUUGUCCAGGAGUGUUUCAGUGUGGAGAAGGUUUCAGCCGUGCUCAUCUGGACUCUGUUUUUGGAGACGUUUCAGCUUGAGCCAUAA